AAAGCGGGGCGAGCUCGAGCCUCCUCCAUGCGUGUUCCCAAAGUAAAUCUCCACUUUCUGGGGAUGAGCUGAGGGGGGGUUGGGAGGUAACUUGCGGUCAUCCCUCCCUCUCUCUCUCUCUCUCUCUCUCUCUCUCUCCCUGCAGUCAGAGAUGCUGGAGGUUAAUGAGCCACACACCCACAAAUUAACCCUUUCCUCUCCUUCUGCAGGUUUUAAUUCAAUGAGGUAACGUGCUGGAGGGUAAUAUCUAUUCUCUGAGUGUGUUGGCGCGCUGUGUAAUAGAAAAAAAAAACAUUCUAGCCACGCCGGAAAUCUAGAAAAGAGGUUAAUUCGGUUGACUCCUCCCAGCGUUGCCAUUUAUCGUAUUAAUAAUCGCACCACUUCAGCUUCGCCUUAAAAGUGGGAGGGCUGCUCGAGAGCGCCGGAAAACCGCGAGGAGCUGUCUCCGUUACGCGUGGUGCUGAAAGUGCCACUCGCCGCAUAAUGUGGUCGGUCUUCUUUGUCUUUCUGUCUUAUCUGGACAGAAACUUCGUCAAGGGCGUCCUGGACGCAGAGAAGGAGAGCAAUGAGAUGUUCUCGCUGCUCAACGGCACAGUUUGCGCAAAAAUGUCAACAGUGGGGGAGAAUUUCCUCUACCAGGUGUCGGACGGAGCCGAGGUGGUGCGCUCCGUCGUCAGCCCCUCCGGAAAGCUCGUGAACUGCUCCGUCAUAGUGAACGAGAUGCAGGUGAAAUCGUUCGUGCACGAGUGCAGGUUGGGGUUGAAAGAGCAGAGAGCCGGGUGGCAGCUGGAGACGCGCUUUGCGCGCGCGGAUGAAGCCAAACUGAUGUGCCGGGAGUUUAAAGAGAAGUCCGAGCGCAGCGGCAGGGUGAAAAGGGGUGACAGCGAUGACUCAGUAAUGCUAAAAAGAUCCAAGAGGGGCUUCACUUAUCCCGGGACCCUGUGGUGUGGAGCCGGUAACAUGGCCGAUCACUAUGAUCAGCUGGGAGACUUUGCACAGACUGACAGCUGCUGCCGCACUCAUGACCACUGUCCUCAUGUCAUCCACGCCUUCUCCUCAAAUUAUGGCCACACAAAUUUCAAGUGGCACUCCAUCUGUCAUUGUGACUGCGAUAAUGCGUUGAAAAAUUGUCUGAGGAAAGUCAAUGAUACAUCGUCCAGAGUUGUUGGUCAGGCGUUCUUCAAUGUUAUUGGUGUACCUUGCUUUGAGUUUGUCUAUGAGGAACAGUGUGCAGAGCGGCACUGGUAUGGCCUGUGUAAACGAUACGAGAAGCUCCCUAUUGCUGUGCUGAAGGAGGCGGUCCCGUACGACUUUGGUGGUAUUGAUGUCAUUGAUGAGCUGACUUUGGCUCCUCCCAAGAUGAAAGAUUCCAAGGGAGGCGAGAAAGACGAAAAACCGGAGAGUACAACUCAGUCUAACAUGUCUGGACCUGAAGAGCCUUCGCUCACGAACGUAGUCACCGCUGCUGAGGACUUCAUCAAGGUCCUAGCUACUGUUUCCACCUCCCAGAGUUCCACCACCGACUCAGACAAAGGUGAGACGCAGAGCUCGGAGAAGAAGAAGAGGAAGAACACAGGAAAGAAGAAGAAAACCACCAAAAAGCACAAAGGAAAAGGAAAGGGGAGGAAGAGAAAGCAGAAAGCAGAGGCAGGUGUUAAAACAGAGGAAGGAGCUGCUGUUUCACCCUCUGGCAGCAAAUCAGGGGAAGUCAUCGCCUUGACUAACUUCAUCAGUGAAUCACACAAACAUGACCAGUCAAGUCCAAAGACAAACCACAUCAGUGACAAUGAAUAUGAGCUCGGUGGAAAAGAAGAGCCCUCCAAUGAAGUCAUGAAAGAUGAACCAGUGAUGGAUAAGGAGGCUGUUUCCACUACGUCCUCUAUGAUGAUCGAUAAGAAAGCAGCUAACAUGCUGAUAGAAGAAACCACUCUUUCUACAUCCACAAGCACAACCACUGUUAUUCCACAUAAAGCAAAAGACAGAGGACAAAGAAAGGGGAGUAAAAAGAAGAGCAAGAAAGUUCCUCCUCCUUCUUCUGAGGAGCUUGUAACGAUCACAACGGACAGCUUAAGUGACAUUUCUGUCCCCAACAUCAUUACCAUAACCCCAACAGCACAACCCGAGCAACAAAGCUUUGGGAGCGACACUGAAAAGCGACCUGUCGUCAGCACUGCCAACACCCCCAUUGUAAUCCCCAAAGUCAAAAGAAACAGGUCAAAGGAGAGGGGAGACAGAGAGAGGAGGAAAAAAAGGAGGAAAGUCAGCCCGGCUUAUCCCAUUGUGGCCGUUGCCCACGAAAAUUCCUCUGUGGACAGUCUGAAAGUGAUCCCUCUCAACGGGACACCCACUGUAACACCAGUCCCAGCCACAGAGCUACAGGUUUCUCACAGGCUGGGCAGUUAUGGAGGGAAAACAUUCAUCCACGUCACAGCUCUGAACUCUUCCUUUAGUGUUUUGAAAAGGCAAAGGUCAAAAGGGAGAGGACUGAGGAGGAGAAAAACUACUUUGCCCCUUUCAAGUGAAAAUGUGCCCCCUACUCUCACAACUCCAGACACAAGUAGUGCACUGACCAGCCCUGCAACCACUGCUGCUAUUAGUAGGCCUACGGAAAGACUAGAAACUCACAGUGAAUGGAAGCUUUUUACAACAGCCUCCCCUACCGUCAGUACAAAACGACACAGGCAAGCAAUCAGACAGCAGGGAAAGCCGAGGAAGAAAGUCACGCCUGCUGCCCUCAGCGACGGAGUUUCCAUCCCUGAACAAACUGAACAUACACCAAUGACAUUUCUGACCACGCCAUCCAAAGUCGCCACUGCUGAAGAGCUCAGUCUGCAGAGAUCUGAAAAGCCCUACACAACCACCUCAGCCACUCCCGCCAUGAGCCCGAUGCAGUUAUCUAUUGAGAGAGUGAAAGCACAGUUCAGCAGGAAGAAGAGGCGGAAAGCAGUGUUGUCCGUCAGACAACAAUGAGCCAUGUGGUGCAAGCAUAGCAGGAUAGGUUUAGGAAAAAGACAACUUAGCUGGCUAGGCUAGCUCCUGUUCAUCAAAUAAACCUGCUUCAUGAUGAGUUAAAUAAUACAUUAAAAUAUUUACUGUAUUAUCUUCUUUGGUACAACAUUUAAAUCACAGAAAGAGACAGAAAUCACAUUUGAUUGUAAUGUGAGAAUUAUGCUUUGUUUAUUCUGCAUGUCUGUAAUAAAAUUUCCAACUGAUUCUGAA